AUGUGGAAGUUUGUCGCAAACAAAUUUGUUCCAUCCAAUUGCGAAUCUCUUGUUUUAACCGCAAAGUAUAUCAAAGAUCCGAAAGAUACUUUAAGCGUGGGGAAAAAAGUUUGGGAUCUGAGUGUCUGUGGCUUUGGGGGCUCAGUUCAUGAUGAUGUGGAGCAGAGAUGGAUCGUCAGGGCUGAUGGGACAAUCAGAAUGUUUGGAAACGACAAGUUGUGCUUAGGCAAAGGAGGUAGUCUGCCAAACGGCAGCACAGGAUGCCUCGUCAACGUUCUGGAGUACGACAAGGCGCAACAUUCAGAGCUCAUUUGGAUGAUUGGAUUUUCCAACGAUAUUUCUGUCUCGAUGGAAGAUCGAUAUCUGGGCUGCCUGCUGGGUUUAACAGUGGGAGAUGCGCUUGGCUUCGCGCAUGAAGGGUGGACAUCGAAUGAGAUUGAAUUAGUGUAUCCCUCUGGUGUAAGAGAUCUUUAUGGUCGAAAGAAUAUCAAGAAUGAAGAACAUGAGAUGGAACCUGGCAGUUACACGAAUAGAUGUCAAGUUGCCGAGAGCGAUGAGUUUGACCCUAGAAGAGUGACCACAGAUGGAUCAAGUUCAGUAUAUCGAGUUCCGUCUGUCGGAUUGGCGUGGAGAAGUCUUUCGGACAGUGAAUUGAGGGAUAAGGUUCUGAAAAGCGUGAUCUCCUCAGAUGGAGACUAUGAUGCAGCUUUCAUGGUUGCAAAAGCCAUUGCCCUCAUAGCAGACGGUCCAGGACCAUCCCAGUUCGAUAUCAGGAAGUUUUUGUCGCAAUUGGCUAGAAGCAUGCAAAACGUCGUCAAAAAGCCAUUUUCUCGAUCAAGAAAGCUUUCUUCGAAUGUCCACUCUGGAUUUCAAACCGUUGAGGAAGCAGAAAACCGUAUCUCGGAUGCUCCAACUACCUGGUAUGUAGAUUGCAUUUACAAGAUACUGCACCUCUUGGAUCUGGCGGAGGAUAUGUCGUACACAGAGCUGAGGGAGAAGGAAGAAUCUGCUGGAUUAAGACACUCUUCGGCAAUCCCUUUUGCUUGCAGAGCGAUCGACACAGUUCCAACGGCUCUGUGGAAUUUUGCGAUUCGAUGGGGAACUCCACGCGAAUGCCUGAUAUGGGCAACGCAUGCUGGUGGAGACACCACAACAUCCGUCAGCAUCUUGGGAGCUUUUCUUGGCGCCCUGCAUGGACCCUCUUGGAUAAGUAAGUCUUGGUUUGAGACGCUGAACAACGGCAUACAUGGCAGAGACUACAUUAUUGAAACUGCGUUGCAGUUGUUCACAGUUUAUCAUUAG